UGGAUUGAACAAAAAAGCUCCAAUGGCUGAUGAUGACUUUUGAUGACUAGAUGGUGUGAACUUGAGGAAAAGGGAGAGGGAUUGGGGCAGGACCAGAGUGGAACAAACAAUACUGACUGCAUCUGGACAGAUCGAGUAUGCAUGAAGUCAGGAGAGAGAGAGGGAAGAGAGAGCGAGCGAGAAGGGGAGGAGAAAACUGGAAAGCAGAGUGAGAGAAAGGCACUACAGGGAAGCGGGAGGCAGAAAAACAGAAAGAAGCUGAGAGGAGAGGAAAGAGAGGCUGAACAAAAGGGACAGGCACUUGUAAGGCGAUGUGUCAGUGAAAAAAGAGACAACAAGGCAGUGACUCGAGAAAAUCCUUACAGCACAGAGUUGCUUUCUCUUUCAUAGCAUUUCAAAGAGAAACACAGAGUGUACCAAAAGAAGAAAAACAAAGAAGUCUUUACCAGUAAUGCAUCACUAGGCACAACCCCAUUUUUUGUUUGAGUUAGUCUGUAUUCAGCAUUGACAACCCUCGAGGAGGCUGAAUGAGUGAGGAAGGUGCACCACACGCACUUAGUCUCGCACAUGCUGAGACCCAAACACACUCCUCGGCCAGCAGCACACACACAGGAGGACCAAUGCUGGUCCAAGCUUCUACAGACACAGAGGAGAAGAGGAUGGACCCUGUGCAGAAGGCUGUGAUAAACCACACCUUUGGAGUACCGCUGAUCAAGACCAAGAGACCAGUAAUCUCCUGCAACGUCUGCCAGAUCCGCUUCAACUCAGAGAGCCAGGCAGAAGCGCAUUACAAAGGAAAUCGUCAUGCCAGGAGAGUCAAAGGCAUCGAGACCUCUAAGAGUCGUCCUCAGGAGGGGGACAAGCCUCAUAUUGUGCCCCCCACCUCCUCCCCGUCUCCGCCCGGAGCCCCUGGCACUGGACCAGACAGCGAGUCCAACAAAGCGGAUGAGCCACUGCCUUUGUCGCAGUUAAACGGACCCCUGCUGGCCCCAGGGCCCCUUCCCCCUCUUACCACCCCACCUACCCCACCCAUGGACUCCCCCGUGCCCUCAGUAUGCCCCCUCAUGACCAGCCCUACUCCUCCCCUGAUCCCCCCUUCCUCCUCCUCCCCAGGCUGCGGCAGUGGCAGCGUCAGCUCAGAGCAGCCUGGAUCUGGACCCCUGGGUUCAGGAGCUCCGGGCACCUCUGCCUCCAGCAGCCCGUCCAAUCCGGAGACAGAGGAGGACAAGGCCAAGAAACUGCUGUACUGCUCACUGUGCAAGGUGGCCGUCAAUUCCUUGUCACAGCUGGAGGCUCACAACAAAGGUACCAAACACAAAACUAUCCUGGAGGCACGGAGCGGGCUGGGCCCCAUCAAGGCGUAUCCUCGCUUGGGCCCCAAGCCCAGUGGAGAGCAGGGAGGGGGGCCAGUGGACCCCAACACUCAGGAACGAACCUUCCACUGUGAGAUCUGCAAUGUGCGGGUCAACUCUGAACUGCAACUCAAACAGCACAUAUCAAGUCGAAGGCACCGGGACGGCAUGGCGGGCAAGCCUAACCCCCUCCUCAGCCGACACAAGAAGCACAGGGGAGCUGAUCUGACGUCUUCUUUGACCUUCUCCAAGGAUCUCACCAAAGCUUUGGGCGCAGGGCUCUUGCCCAACCCCUUGGCUGUUGCUGCAGCAAUGGCCGCUGCAGCAUCCUCUAACCCGCUGACUCUUCGUGCAGCAGCUCCAGCACCCCACCCACACCAUCAUCUAUUACAAGGCCCGCCUCUCAGCCAUGCCAUCCUGAGACCUGCCCCCGGGCCCAUCCGCACCACCCAUGGGCCAAUCCUCUUCUCCCCGUACUGACACAUCACCUUCUGACUUUGGCCAGUCAGGAACAGCCACUCCAAAAGCACACUGUGAAGAUACAAACAUGAUCAACAAACAGCAACAGAUAGGGGGAAAAAAAUCAAAUCAUUCAAAUGUCGAACUGAGAGAAAAGCAAGGGAAAGAAGCAGCAGAAAAGAGUAGAAGUCUAUGUCUCUCUUUCUUCCCUUUACCUGAAACUCUCCCUUCAUUUCACAGACUUCUGAGAGAUCCACAGAUGGAAUGAGCAGAGGAGAGAUUUUCAUUAUGCAUUGAACUCCCUUGUACAUCUCUCACCUCCCCUGGUCCCUCUCCCUUGCACUCUGGCCCCGUAAUGGCCGCCUCGAUAGCUACAGAAGAAACACAUGCAGACCUUUCUUAAAACAUUAAACCACAUGUAGUGUUACGUAAUUAGUCAUGGCCAGGUUGCUUUUCUCCUGUCAUCACAACUCAACGUGUUCUUCUCAUCCUAUGCACCUCAAAAAUCAAGACAAUAAUGUUAUGUCAGUAGGGUAGCUGCUUCCAUCGGUCUUUGCUGUAUGCACCACAUGUAGCUGUGGCAGCCUCCACGACACUGUACAUGUCUCCUUCUGUGCUGGAGGUCAGAUGUUCUUCAGUUUGUGACAUCAGGUCCUCGCUAGAAACAACAUGACUUCAGCUGACAGGCAGGCGGUCGCCGCAUCUGAACAUGUCUGAUCGUUGGGGGGAUUGAGAGAGCAGAAAAGUGACUGCGGGCGAUUGCACUCCCCUGUCAUUUCCUGAGAGGGUGAGGUGAGAGGAGGGCUGGCACGGGUCAGUAGAUAGAUUGACCCCAGGCAGCAUGCAGACACACACAGGCCCAAACGAAUCUGUGUUUUAAAAUAGACUGUAACAACAAAAAUCGCUACAGGGCACAUCUGCCAACCCCCAUAACAGUCAGAGAAGAGCCUCAGUAAAGAGGAUGAGGGGGAGAGAGAAUAGCAGAAACAGGCAGAAGUCGCACAUUGGUACAUACUGUACUGCUGUAUUUGAUACAUGAUCCCCGUCUCUAACUUAGAUUGUGUUUGAUGGCAAGAAUGUGGUCUCUUACUUAACAGAGUAUAGUUCAUAGGUAUUUGAGAGGGAGAAUCUUCAGUUCACAGUAAGCCAUCAACACAAAGUUUAUCAACAUUUUCACAUUACCCUGGUCUUGAUCCUUGAUUCAAUGUGUAGGUGGGGAGGUAUGACUCAAGUGUGACCCUGUGUACUGAUGUAUUUAAGUCGUUUCUGCAUGCAGCCUCGCAAUAAGAUCCUGCAGGGUCAGGCUUGUGCAUCACUGGGUUGAACUCUUUCAUUCCCGCACUAACCCUCUCCUCCUCACCUACACCAUCUCCAGAAGUCAAUAUGAGUCAAUAGUAGACGGCACUGGCAACCAUAAUGUUCAAAGGGAACAAAUUAUAGAGAGGAAGAUGAAAGCCAAAAACAUUCUUGGAAAAAUGAUCUUGAGCUGUAGUGACAACCAAGCCAGAAGCCCGGAGAGGUCACCCAGAGCAGGAGGCGACACAUCCAGCUCAAGGCAUCUAUCAGUACUUCCUGUCUUACAACUGAAAGCCAUGAAACGCACCAUGAUUUGUUUUCUUUUACGAAGACUGCUGAGCACUUUGUUUGGUUUGGACUGUUGGUUUGCAUUUAUAUCACAAAGAACAAAAGAGAAAAAUAGAAACCACAAUAAAAAUAUUUUUGUAGGUAGGGAAUGUUAAUAACUGCAUCCGUGAGGGGAAAAGAAGAAAUGGAUGGAAUUAAUGGAUGAUGGUAUGAUAUAAGUGUUGACGCAGACAGACUGACAUACAGGCAGACCAAGUGAUUCGGUGAGGAGCCACAAAAGCUAGCUAAGCAGCAGCAGACCUGUCUUGCUCGAGGGCUUGAAACUCUCACCCUUUUCUGAACGAGAUGUACACUGUGCCCUUUCAUUGAGAAGCAAUGAGCUCUAAUGUCUUACCUUUGUCUGAAUAUUGCAAUGCAAUGAGCAAUUUUUAUCAGAGUGACUUGUUAUCAUUGUGACAUGUUGUGACAUGUUGUCUGGAGUCAUGUGUAAACUAGGAGCACGCCAGCUGACAGAUCUUUUUGUUCUUCCACGUGGAGUACAAGUCCUUGAAGGGAUUGAGAGAGACAGAGGUGUAGCUGGGCUUAGGGACCGACCCUUCAUAUUAAAGGGCCUUUUUACUACGGUAAUCUCUGCUUGGGGAACAGGGUACAACACCAGGUAUCAAGGGAUUAAAACUAGAUUUGUUCAACAGGCUUAUUUUUUUUAGCUGGACUUGCUGUUGCAUUACUUUUUCUGUGUGUGAGAAAUGUGUUAAAUCCUGAGAAAUAUCAUCAAUGCCAUUACUUAAAGAAGAAGCUGGCUUGGUGUCAGCUUCCACCGUUGUGCUCUUUCUGUUGCUGAACAAAACCUUGUCUGCAGAGUUCAUUUUGUGAGUGAGAUACUAUUCCAGGAUCCAUGCUCUCCUUCCUGUUGGUGUGUGUACCAUAUGUAUUCGAGUGUGUGUUGGGAUCUCCUCUCUCUCCCCACUUCCCACCAAUCAGAGACAGGGGCAACCUGGAGCUGUAAAGUGGCCUAACACAGUAAUGGAGGAAAAAGCCUGCAAAUGUUUGGGUUGGGAAGUUUGUCCACUCAUCCUGGAUUCUAUCAGAGACUUGAUCAAUGAUCCAACCUAGUCAAAGUACUGCAAUAUUGUCCCUGGUAGGUCAGCCAAGUAGCAGCACCACAGAUAUGUUCAUACUGUGGUAAUUCCCACUGAUUCAUCCUCAUUAGUCACAUAUGGGAAAUAAGUGUUAGAUUCCUAUUUUCUGGGCAGGUAUUUCAUGUUAGCUGUGUUUAGGCUACUAGCCUUAGCCUUAUUCAGCCCUCAGCCUCUUCCAGAGCAGAGAAAGAGAUGGAGAGGCUAUGGUGUAAUUUUUUUGUCUUGCCAAUAAAAUUAUUUUUGAAUUUCAUUGUCUGAGGGGACAAAGAGUUUGUAUGGCGAAUUGUAGCAAUACCUGAUUCAUUCUGGCUACUCUUGUUUAUUGCAAUAAGAAAAUUAAACAAUAAAUGUGUAUGUGAGUAAAACAUUAUAAAUGUAAUUUAAAUGAAAAAGAAACUUUAUGGUAAAUACUAUUGGUAUCAAGAGAAACCAUGGUGGGGAAAAAAGUAAAUGUCAAUAAAUCAUUAAAUGAAACAAA